AUGACACUCUUGCCAGACAUCAAACCCUCUAAUGCCGCAUGCUGCGGAGGCGGCGGCAGCGGUGACUGCGACGGCGACGCCAGCAGCAGCAGCGGAAAAUGUUGCCUGGGCAUUAACUGUUGCACCUCAGCGGCCAGCUCGGAAAUGUCCAUAGAUGAGACGUCCUUCUCCUCGUCUGCUGCCAAAGCUAAUAACAAUUUAACUGAAUUUCGUGCUCACAAUUAUCACGAUGCUGUGGCUCAUGCCAACUUCGAUCAAUGCGAAAAGGUGGACAUUGAAUUCUCGGAUGUGCGCUAUGCAGUGCGCAAGUUUUCAUUUGCUGAACGAAAAUUUGUAACCAAAGAAAUUCUGCAUGGUCUGCAGGGAAAUUUUCGUUCAGGCGAGCUGACAGCCAUCAUGGGGCCCUCGGGAGCUGGCAAAAGUACGCUCCUGAAUGUUAUGUCCGGCUUCUGUGCUACUGGAGUCACGGGCAGUAUACGGAUUAAUGGCAAGAUCAUGGCCCCCAGCUCGGAGCGCUUUCGCCGACUCUCUUGCUAUAUACACCAAGAUGAUUUAUUGCGUCCACAGCUGAUGGUUGGCGAGGUCAUGUUGCUGGCAGCUCACUUUAAGCUUGGCUUCAAAGUAACCAAGGCGCACAAGCUGAACUUGAUCAAGCACAUCUUAUCGCUGCUGGGUCUGGAGCAUCGCUAUAAUGUCUUCACUGGCAAACUGUCCGGCGGACAGAAGAAGCGUCUUGCGAUUGCCUUAGAGCUGAUAAGCAAUCCGCCGGUGCUCUAUCUGGAUGAGCCAACGACCGGCUUGGACAGCAGCUCGUGCAGCUCUUGCGUGGCGCUCUUGAAGAAACUUGCCUCACAGGGACAUACGAUAGUAUGCACCAUACAUCAGCCCAGCGCAUUGAUAUUUGAAAUGUUCGAUAAGCUCUACACGGUGGCAGAUGGACAUUGCAUGUAUCAAGGACGUGUACGGGAGCUGGUGCCGUUUCUAGCCGACCAGCAGCUCGUGUGCCCAAGCUAUCACAAUCCUGCGGAUUACUUGCUGGAGGUGGCUGUGGGUGAGCAUGAGCGUGAUCUUGAUAAUCUUAUAAAUGCUGCAAAUAAAAAGUAUUACGAGGAUGCGUAUCGCUUCAGAUACAUGAGCAGUGCAGAUAUGUCGCAAAUUAUCAAUAAAAUACAGGACACAAUUGGCAGCAAGAACUUGAGCUCCAGCUCCAACAAAGAUUCAGACACUGUAGCUUUGGCGCAACUCAGCAGCAGCUAUGACUAUGCGACGCCUGCGCAACUUGAGCUUGAACUGGAGGAAAUCAAGGCGCUUAAUGCGCCCAAUCCCAAUGAGCUUGCCACUGACGACACAAUCACCGACACUGUCUCGGACGCUGAGCAGCAGCACCAGCAGCUAUUAGCUGUGCAGUCUGCUUCGUUUCUUAUGCAAUAUCUGCUCCUCAUGCAACGCAUUUUGGUCUGCGCCAAGCGAAACUAUUUUCUGCUGCUGGCUCGCAUCGCUUCGCACAUUAUAAUUGGCGUCAUUUUUGGCUAUCUCUACAUGAACGUGGGCAAUAGCGCGCACUCAGUGCUGGGAAACUAUGUGUAUCUCUAUGGCUCGACGCUGCUCUUGGUCUACACGGGCAAAAUGGCUGUGGUGCUCACAUUUCCGCUGGAGAUUGAUAUGCUGACGAGGGAACAUUUCAAUCGCUGGUAUAAGCUGGGACCGUACUUCCUGUCGCUGAUCUCCUUUGAAAUACCUUUCCAGAGCUUUUGCGCUGCGCUUUACAUCAUCAUCAGUGUGCGGCUGACGGACAACGACAGUGUAGAAUCAUUUCGAAUUGGAUACUUUAUGAUUCUGGCGAUUUUGGCCACGCUUAGCGCUCAAGCUUGGGGUUUCUUUGUGGGCGCUACGCUGCCAACAAAGCUUGCCGUGUUUCUGGGUCCCAUAUUAGCCGUGCUAUUCUCAGUAUUUGGCUUCUGCACUCGCUAUAUAGACAUAACACCAAUGCUCCGCUGGAUGUGGCACCUGAGCUACUUCCGAGCUGGUUUCCAUGGGGCUCUGAAUGCCAUCUAUGGCCUCGAUCGACAGAUGCUGGACUGCCCAGAGACACUUAUGUACUGUCAUUUCCGCAGUCCCAAAGUGUUUCUCAAGUACAUGAUGAUAUCGGACGUGCAUAUGUCUGACUGUGUGCUGCUCAUGGGCAUUGUUAUAGGCGUAAUGCAUUUGCUGACAGUCAUCACUCUCUGGCGCAAACUCAAUAAGCGCUAGAUCCAUAAGUUCCGCUUAGUCUGUACUAUAUUUUAUUUAAUUUGUGUGUACAUACCGGGUGCUUAAUCUCAGUGCGUGUUUAUUUUGUUUUCUUUCUGUCUAUAUUUCAAUUGUAACCUAAUAUUUAUUGUCAGUUUAGUUAGUGGAUCUUGUUCUUUUUUAUUGUUUCGUUCUGUACACGAAAGGCUUUAGGGUAACACUGGGAUUGCAUUUGUAGUACCCAGUUUAGUUAUAGUUUAAUAGUUUACUAAGUGCUGCUAUACCAAAUACGAACAAAUUCAAUCGAAAAGAAACAAAAACUGUUCAUAGCACGAAAUCAGAGCUUGCCAAUUACUUUCGAAUUCAACAAAUUGAUAACAAUAGCAUUUAGUUGAUUGUUUUGCCAAAUUCACACAUAACAUUUCAUUAUAUAGGAAUAUAUAUGAGCAACAAUAAAGACACUUUGUGAUUUCGAAUUUGUAGCUCUAAGUCAAUUAUAGUCUAAGUCUAUUUUUGUAACAAUUUUG